AUGUCUCGUGAAACUCUUAUUACAAAGAAACCAUUUUCACUCAGCGAUGAAAGCAGUUCAACAAGCCAAUCAUCGAAUCUUUCGACAUUGUCAAGAUUUAAAGAUUAUUUGGAAACCCACAGUAGCUUAAAUUCUAGGAAAAGUCGGAAAAUUUCUGACAUUGAAUUGGACCUUGUGAGCGUCGAGUUACCAGAAUAUGAACGAUCGUUCAAGUACAUCAAAACAGUUGGAAGAGGAAGUUUUGGAGUUGCAUGUCUUUAUAAACGAAUAAAUGAUGGCAUCUUAGUAGUCUUGAAACAAAUUAAUUUAAUGGACUUGACGGGUGGUGAAAGAGAACUUGCCAUGAAUGAAGUUGACGUCUUUUCUAAGCUUCAUCAUCCAAACAUAAUUUCAUACUAUGGAAGUUUCAUUCGAGGGGAAAUUCUUUUUAUAGAAAUGGAAUAUGCAGAUGAGGGAAAUCUCGCACAAGUCAUUAACGAAACCACUGAGUUUUUACCUGAACGUUACAUACUGAAUGUCUUUGAACAAACAGUUAGCGCCAUUACCUACAUGCACAACGAAAACAUUCUCCAUCGAGAUUUGAAGACGGCAAAUGUUUUUCUAAAACGUGGCAUUGUCAAAAUUGGUGACUUCGGAAUAUCGAAGAUAAUGAAUACCAAAGUUCACGCUCAAACUAUUUUGGGAACUCCAUAUUACUUUUCACCAGAAAUGUGUGAAGGAAAAGAAUAUGAUGAGAAGUCGGAUGUGUGGGCGCUAGGAUGUGUUUUGGGGGAGAUGUGUUGCAAACAGAAAACAUUCAGUGCUUCAAACUUAUCUGAAUUAGUUAAGAAAAUUAUGAACGCACAAUAUCUUCCAUUGCCUGAAGGAUAUUCAAAAGAUCUGAAAUAUUUGCUAAAGAUUUUACUGCAAAUCAAUCCCCAAGAUCGUCCUACAUCAAGUGACGUAUUGAAGUUUUACAUCCCACUUGUGUAUCAGAACCUUGGAAAGCUCGAAGGAUAUUCAUAUCCAGCAAAUGACGAAGAACUCGAGAACACAUUGAAAUCGAUGCAAAUCUUUGGACCGACUUCUAGUUGCGAGUAUCUUGAAACAUCAACAGCAACGAUGAAAGAUUUAAUUCUUAGUGAACGAUCGGUUUUGUAUCAGAUGAAGUCGUUUGGAAAUAAUUUCUCACUUGAUCCAAUUCAAUUGCCAUCGACAUGCAAAAUUAGACAAGUUUCAAGCAGUGGCUCACACUUUAUAGUUGUAACUGAAGAGGGAAGCGUUUACUGUUGGGGUGACAACACUAAAGGACAACUUGGACAAAAUAUUGAAACAUCAUGGAAACAUUUUGCAACGAAAAUCGAUUCCUUAAAUCGUUAUAAAAUUGUUGAAUCAUGUGCUGGGGAGGGAUUUUCUAUUUUCAUAUCAAACUAUGGAGUCGUUUUAAGUUGCGGUGAUAAUAGCAGAGGAUGUCUUGGAAAUAAAAAUUAUGGCUCAUAUAUGGUUCCAAAAGCGAUAGAAAAGUUUUAUGAUAUUAUGAUCACGCAAAUAUCAAGUGACACAUCACAUGUGUUGGCUCUCGAUGAAAAUGAAAUUUUAUUUUCAUGGGGCCACAAUGAUUUUGGAGCGUUAGGUCAAGGAAAAUUGAACUCUUCAUCCAUACCUUUGAAAGUGAAUUUGUCAUCAAAUGUUAAGGAAAUUAAGAAGAUUUUCUGUGGACCUGAUUGUUCUUUGAUUUUACUUCAUGAUGGCACGGUUUAUGCUUGCGGAAGAAAUAAUUGCAAUCGUUUUGGUUUUGGAAGGAAUACUGAGAAAAUUGAUUCUUUUAAAAAAAUUUCUUGUCUUAAGAAGAAAGUUGUCGAUUUGAGUGUGUCUCAAAAUAACUCUGCAUUUGUAAUUGCGGGUGGUUAUGUGUUAACAAUGGGAGACAACAAAGAAGGCCAACUUGGUUUGGGCCAUACAAAGGAUAUCUCAAAAGAACCUUCAUUUGUCAAAAAUGUUGCUGAUAAAUUCAUUCAGAAAGUGAAGUUAGGUUCAACUUAUACAAUCGCAUUUACUGAUUGUAACGUGAUUCUUGCUUGGGGAACUCGAUAUGGGAUUCCAGAAUUCCAUUUCAAUGAAAUCCCACCAACGCCACAAACGCCUUCAGCAUUUUCUCAAAUCGGUAACAACACAGCAGCCUUUACAAAUUUUCUGACAUCAGUUUAUAAAUCAGAAACGUUUCUAGAGCCAACAGAAAUAUUGGGUUUAUAUUCAUCGAGUGAUCUACAAGAGAAAGGAUAUUACUUGAAACUCAUUGAUAUGUUUCCAUUACAGCAUAGUGUUCUGGUUUGGGUUGACACAACAGUUCCACUCAAAAUGUCAGAUUAA